AGGCCCGCAGGCCUCCACUUCCUGAGGAGGCAGCGGCAGAGCAGCCAGCAGAGACUCAUCCUUCAGAGCCUGCCUCCAUCUGUCAUCCCGCCACAGCGGCCUUCACCCGGCCUGGUGCUGUCCUGGACGGGGUCAGGAUGAAGAAGAAGACACUUGCUGUCGCGGCCAUCCUGCAGGCACAGCUCGCGCUCUCAGAGGCACAGAGCUUCGGCCUGCUGGACCCCAAACUCUGCUACCUGCUGGAUGGAAUCCUCUUCAUCUAUGGCGUCAUCAUUACAGCCCUGUUCCUGAGAGCAAAGUUCGGCAGGAGCAUGGAGGGGCCAGUCCACCAGCAGGGCCAGAACCAGCUCUACAAUGAGCUCAAUUUAGGACGAAGAGAGGAGUAUGACGUUUUGGAUAAGCGGAGGGGCCGGGACCCCGAGAUGGGUGGGAAGCAGCCGAGGAGGAAGAACCCUCAGGAUGGCGUGUACAACGCGCUGCAGAAAGACAAGAUGGCUGAGGCCUACAGUGAAAUUGGGAUGAAGGGCGAGCGGCGGAGAGCUAAGGGGAAUGAUGGUCUUUACCAGGGCCUCAGCACAGCCACCAAGGACACCUAUGAUGCCCUGCACAUGCAGACUCUUCCCCCUCGCUAGCAGCCGAUGGACUCUGCCUCUCUCGGGCCUGAUUUCCUGAUACCCACAUGGUGAAGGACAUAGGAUUAAGCAUUCACAGCCAAAAGAAUGUUCCUGUAUGAGUAGGGUACCUCAAGUUGUAAAUUGGGUGUUCUUCAAUCCCAAACUAGCCCACACAGAAUGCCAGCCCUGGACUCCCUCAGGGUGCCCCCGCCGCCCCAGUGUGGCAGGCCUGUCCUGGGGUUUUCUGGCUUGCUGGCGACUAUAGACAGGCCCCUUUCCCUGAGGCUCUAGGCCCUGGCUGAGGGGCAGCAGCACUCCCUCUCCCAGCUCAGUUGUUACAUCUGUGUUUCUUGAAGUCCCCGGGAAGUCCCCAAUGUUAACACAUGUCCUGUUUAUAUCUGUCAAACUUUUUUUUUUUUUUUUCCUGUCCAAAUUUGACUGGCUUUGCUCCUGCUGUACAUGUAGCUUCUGUGGUCAACCUUCCUUCAUUUCAAGGUAGUCUGUCAUAGCACCAUGUGGCGACAGGCUGAAGGCAGCCUGGGCAGCAGCCCACUGUCUGCUGAGGUGAAUGGCAGGCAUGGGGAGAGUUGUGAGGCGGAGGCCCCUUCUAUCAGGUGUGCUUGUCACACCAGUCAGGAUGCCAGGUGCUUCAGGGACUGAGAUGGACAAGAAAGCUGCCCUUCAUGGGGCUCACACUGAGGGGGAAAGAGCUGGCAAGACAGCCCAGAAGCCACAAGAAACCUUAUCAUGGAGGAUGAGCAAGAGAAGGCACAAGCUUGGCCUUCUCCCAAGCCUGCCCUCACCCAUGCAUGGCCUGAAUGGUGAGCUGUCCUCGCAGAGGUCUUGAAGAUGACUCAACACAUGUAGCCUCCUGACCAUCCAUCCCUGAGGGCCAGGGUGCCAUGGGAGAAAGCUAUGGCUCCGGAACACUUUCUGUGUGAUUAAAAGGCGCAUGUCCAUGGCUGGAAAUCCCUUUCCACUCAGCUGGUUGUAA